CGGGAGGGAAAAAUUAGUCAUUCCCAGGAAGGUCUCGCCGGCGUAUUGGCCGACGACAGACACAACCAACUCUGAAGCAACGCUCUAACUACGCUCCCAUCCCUCCAUUUUCUACACCUAGGCCCACUACCAGCGUAUCCAUGUCUUCCACAACAUUGUUGCGCACAGCACUGCCCAGAGCUGCUUCAUCCUUCUCGGGUCGUUUCACACCACGGGCAGCUAUCCAAGUGAGGCGCGCGACGAGCUCGAGCACAGAGUACGUCCCCGGCGGUCCCAUUUACAAGGGAACCGUGAAUGACCCUACGUCAUUCCCGUCACCCUCCAAAACACACGGCUCUUACCACUGGGCAUUUGAACGUCUUCUCUCUGCAUCUCUCGUCCCUAUGACCGCCGCGGCGUUCGUCACUACUGGCAGCCAGUAUCCCUUGUUAGACGGCCUAUUGGGCAUCAGUCUUGUCAUGCAUAGUCACAUUGGCUUUGACUCCUUCUUGGUGGACUACGUCCACAAGCGGAAGUUCCCUGUCCUUGGGCCGAUCUCAUCUUGGGCACUUAGGACAGUGACUGUCGGCGUUCUCGUCGGUGUAUAUCAAUUUAACACCAAUGAUAUCGGUCUUACGGAGCUUAUCGCCAAGGUCUGGACUGCAUAGAGGAUAGCUUGAAUCGUGACCCUGCCUUGUAAAAGUUAGGUUGUUCGGCCGCCUUGUAACAAUCAAGACUACUUGGAAAGCGUGUUUCUUAGUGACAUCGCAAUGGCAUUUGUAUUGACCACGCCACCAU